AUGCCACUGGCUGAUCCGAUCCCACAGGGCCAAGAACUCGGCAAUAGCAUCAUCCGAGAGAUUGGGGUUGAUAUCAUGAACCCAAGCAUUGCCCAGAAGCCCCUCAGCCACAGAGAUUUCCAAGUGAUUCCUCCGAGCCUGAGAGAUAAGCGGCGCCAGACCAAUUAUAUCACAGUAGCAAUUAACCGUCAGGCCUGCGACGGGUCGCUGCUGCUGGACGACGACGCGCCGGGGCUGCGUGGCGAGAAGAACGCGGCGCCCAACAAGGACUCUGUGUCUCUGUCCACGGGUUCGAGGGACCCUCCGAUAGUCGAUAGAGGUGCCCCCGCGGCCCGCGCCACCGGCUCCAGGGACAACAACUUGGCGCCACUAGACCUCCAGAUCCCGACCGUCUUCGAGAACGCAUACUACAAGAACCUCGUCGCCAAGAAGGGACUCAUGCACUCCGACCGGGUUCGGGAGUAUGUCGGCAGCCAGGGAGCUUUCUUUGCGGACUUGGUGGAGGGGAUGGUGCCGCUCACGGGGUCAGAUGGGCAGAUCAGGAAGAACUGUAUUAGGAGGAUCAACUAG